CUCGCCUUGCAGGCUCCUCCAUUUGCGGAGCAGAGUUCGCCUGCCUCGGACGCUCGGUCGACGGGUCGGCGGUCCCUGCAACCGUCGUUGCUCUGGCUUUCUGGCCGUGUGAGGUACGCGAACCACGAGCGCCUGGUCGAGCUUUCUGCCUUUGCUAGCGUCAGACACCGUCGCGUCACCCUUUGUGAACCGGACAGCUGCUGUCCGGUGGCGUUUGUGAAGCUACGCGAAGUGCGUGAAUCGCGCUGCGUGCGCUGUUUCGGAGGGGGGCUUGCCCUUCGCCGCGCCUCGUCCGGAAGCCCGUCAGCGCUGAAGGUGUGUGCUAUCCGUUUGCGGAUGAUUCUACUGCCGGUGUUCUUGGCGUGACGGUGGUGUGGCCCUGACCGUCCUCCUGCCGACGUUUAGAAAUUUCGUUCCGUGUCUCUUGAGCGCCUUGGAGGCGGUCGGCGAACGAAGCGCACUGACUUUGGAUUUGACACCGAAAGACUACGAGCCGAAAUUCGACAGCUAGACAUCGUCGGAACGGACGUACCAUCGUUCGCGAACCGACUCCCAAGUCUUCCAAGCGGGGUGACAGAGACAUUGACCUUCGUCACCAGCGGCCGAAGACACAAAGAGACGAGACGCAUCACCGUGUUCACUGCACGCUCCGAUCAGCGUCUUCACCCGACACGCGUUGCUGGACAGGAUUCUUGUGACGUGACAUUCAAGACGCAACGAACCUGGCGCCGCGUUGUGCAAGGAACCGAUGCCUUGGAACAGAAACGAGGAGCACCUUCGCUUCAGUAACAACGUCCUCAUAAAAGGCGAGGCCUCGGCAUCGGCAUUGGUGGCGGCAGCUUCCGCGGCUUCCUGCUGCGGCGGCGGCGAUCGGCCAAGGAAGGCGCGGCGGCGGCGGCGGCCGGUCCCGGCGGUGCGCUGGCUUCCUCGCGCGGCCACCACCCGCAGCAGCCGCCCGUAAGAUGCGCCACCAUGAGCAGCAUCGGCAGCGUGGGCCGCAACGGAGGCCUGAUGGCCAACGGCAUGCCCGGAGGCGUCAAGAAGGACAACUCCUCGCCGGCCGUGGCCGCGGCCAACGGCGGCACGGCCAACGGGCCCCUGCUCGAGACCACCACGGUCAAGAAGGGUCUUCUGUGGCAGCAGUGGGACAAGUUUUUCAGUCGCUGGAAGGAGCGCUACUUUGUGCUCACCAAGGACUACUUGGCGUGCUUUAAGAAGGAAUCCAAGGUCGGAACCUCCGAGAUGGGUGGAUUCCUUUACAAGGUGAACUUGGCAGACGUGGAGGGGCUGCAGUGGGCCGACAAAAAGCGGACGGGAGUUAUCGCCCUUCGGGUGGGCACCGAGGGCCAGCUCCUGCUCUGGACCAACUGCGGCCUGGACGACUGGAUGUUCGCCCUUAGAGACGCCAUCGGUCGGAGCAAGGGGCGCAGAGAGGCCCUCCGCAAGGCGCAUACGCUCGGUCCGCAGUUCUACGACUCGGGACUCACCAAGAGGCAAGCGUUGCUGCUUCAGCACACGCUGACCUCGUCGGAGGCACAGUCCCCGUCUUCGUCGGUGCGCACGUCCACCUCGUGCGAGCUGCGCUCCCUGGGCGAGCGCACCCCUACGCCCAGCCUGACGCGCCGGGCGCAGAGGAUGUCGGUGGCCACCGAGGCCAGUGACAGCGGCGGCAGCCUGGCGCCCGGUUCCUCCAGCGUGGACUACGACACGCGCUCGGUGCCCUGGUCGGCCCCGCUCGGACCACGGCCCACGGGCUCCUACAGCUCGCUCAUCUCGCUCGGUCAGCGCUCCCUCGGAGCGCACCGGCCCUCGCCACGGUCCCUGCAGGUGUCCCCGGCCCUGGCGCAGCGCUCUCUAUACGCGCAGCACGUGCUCAACUCGCCCGAAGUGGCCAACGGCCGCAACGGCGGGGUCCGGUGCGGCGGCGGCGGCGUGGGCGGCGCCACGGCCUCCGCGACGCUCGAGUUCGCCUACAUCCGUCCCGACUCGCCGGUCACCCUGACGGGGCCCCGGCGCAGUACACUCGACAGCGGCCACUGCCAGCGAUCCCAGUCGUCCUGCUUCGGCGGCGCCAGCCCGUUCCUGCAGCUGGGUGAGCCGCAGCAGCAGCAGCACCACAAGCUCCUCCAGCAGCAGCAGCAGCGGCACCACCGGAACCACAAGCACCACCAGAACCACUAUCCCGCCGCUCCCCCGUUCGCCCUGCAUGACUUGCGGGCCGCCCUGCCGGGCGAAGACGACGAGGCGCGACCGUCAUCAAUAUACGGCCAGCCGUCGCUGACGGUGGUGGGCGAUCGCGCCGCCUACUCGGUGCAGCCGCCCGACGUGGUGCCUAACAACCAUGCGCCUCGGCCGUCGGCCUCCAAGCUCAUGAAGCGCGCCGUCAGGGCGUACACGCACUCCAAGUCGGACUCGUCGUUCGUGCUCAAGCAGAGCCCGUCGCAGCUGCAGGGACACUUGGCCGUGACCUGAUGCGCUCCCCUUGAACCAUCUUCCUCGACGUGCUCCAUCAUCCGCUCUCCUGGUCUGUCGCCGCCAUCACCGCCGUCUCCUCCUGUCCGACCUGUCGGCGACCACGCUCGGCUCGAAGCCGCUAAAGAGCGACGUCUAAGUCUCGAGGGCUCUGUGUCGGGGUUCGCGGCGUGGAGUAGUGCCCUGGUGGCGACGCUGUGCUGGUGAGACGCGCCAUUGUUGAUGACGGACGGCGCUAAAUGCACGGCGAGCUAUGGAUGACCCUCUGCGGCACGUGUCUCCGAGACGUCCCUCCGUCUGUUCUGCCUGGCUUUGUCUUUCUCUCGGUUCCUCUGUGUACAUGCCGGUUCGUCCGUGACGUACUUUUUCUGCCUUAAAAGGUUGCGCCGGUUAUGACUAUUAUUUACCACAGGUGUCCCGUGCGCCUGGAGGGACUGUCUCCCUAAAAAAAGAACUCUUGAAUGGUGAUUAUGAUGAGUGCGUUGUGUUUUGUAUAUUUGACACGUUAUUCGCCAGUUUUUCGCGUGUGCUUUCGCGAUCAUCGCCGCUUGAUGACCCUACGAGAGCAUCGAGAAAGUGUACAAGCAUAUUAACUUACUGAAACCCCGACCUGAACGCCGCUGUGCGGUAAAGUCAUGGAGUAACUUGUCUAUAUCGGCCGUCUUUCUUAAUCAGCCCGUUAUUUUAUCUCUUUUUCUACACUAUCGAAGUGAAAUUCGGCAGUCGACUUUCCGCGAGUAUAUAGUCUUUGUGAUAAGAACUCCGAAUAUCAAGAUGCCCCUCACAAGGUAUGAACUUUGCUAUCUGCACAUUUCAAUGUUACGUUCCGCGAGAGAAGCGAGCUAAGACGCUGGAUGACGCGCUGUUAGACCCAAAUCCCCCCGUGCAGCAACAAACGAGUCAGUAGUGAAACACGAGCAGAUUGAACGGAGUCGGACUGACAACAGGAAAAGCUCGAUGAUGCCGUUGUCUGUGUGCGAGCCGUUUAGCUGUAGCCCUGUACCUUGACCUAUCCGAGACUUCUUUCUUCUUUUCUGCUUACGCGUUCUUGUGGUGUAAGCGUGAUUAUUCGCUGAGUGAACGACGGGUUCGGUCAAAGGACGCUGUGAAAUAACUUGGAGAUAGGAGCGGUGAUACCCGUCUUGUCACGUUUGGUCAGUCAGAAAGCCGCUGCCGUAUAACAUGUCCCGUGCCCCUCAAUUUCGAUCGCCGCAUACACAUUGUGGCGAUCUCCCGGAGUCCCGUUCGAUUGUUACCCUAUAGACGGAUCUCAUCGAGCGAAUGAGACUAAAGAGCACGUAGCAUGCUUCUUUACAAUUUUUUUUCUCGGCGGUCGCGAGUGUACGCGAACGAAAGGCACUGCAAUUAAAGAAAACAAGAAGCGUGUAUACCGAAGAAAGAAAAAAAAAAAAGGAAAGCGUGGCUUUUUGGCAUCUGCGUGACCUCUGCGCAAACUGCAGCGGAGUGUUCGACAUUGCUCAUGAUGUCGAUUCCAAGCGGCGCGCGCCCACUGUUAAUAGAAUCCCAGUCGAAAGAAGGUUUAAUGGAAUGAAUCUCGAAGCGGCUUGCACCGUCGCGCCCCCUAGUUCUUUUUGUUACCGCUCCGCCAACCAAUUCCGCAUUCGCCACCUCUCCGAGACUAUUUCUCGAUCGUAUACACACAAACUGUACCGUCACCGUAUACCCUGUAUAGUAUAGUUCCCUACUGUAAUUCACCCCGCCCAUUUUUGAAACCUUUCCCGUAGAAGUCAACCAACCCGUGCGAGUCCACUGUGAUAUAUAUUUUCUAUCGUACGCGUGUGCGUGUGUGGCGUUCCGUGCGUGUAACUAACUGGUCUGUGAAAAGCUGGUUGUAAAAUAGGGCGUCGUGAGCGCAUUCGCUUUUCAUUUCUCUCGCUCUAUCUGUCCCUCUGACGAUAAACAAAAUAAAAAUUAACUGAAAGGACUACUACCCGGUUAGGUUAUGACAGUGACCGCUGUCAGACGAUACACACCUGAUCACAAACACACACAAGCGCUCUGUACCAGAUGUUAUACACGACUAGGUGUGGGAGAGACGAAGCGCGAUUUGACUGCCACGUUUGCCGGAUCUUGUUGAGAUAUCUGUGUGUGUAUCAUCUCUCUCUUUAUCUCUCUGUCUCUAUCACACUGUGUGCUACGGAAGAGGCGUGAAUGUACAAAGUAUAGUAGUGCGCACCUCGUUUACCGUUUAGUAAUGACGCCGUUCACUUAGUGAGGCGCAGGAACAUUGCAGCUGCGUGCCCUGCACGUCGUGCAAAUGGGCCUCUUGAUCGAAUCUCCGUUCCGCGCCGGCCAAGUGCAUUCAAAUCUACAAGACCUGCGCGCACUCCGCCUCGGCAGCUGGGCGUACAGAUGUAUUGCACGGAUGUCACUGAAACCGCCAUGUUGGAAUACCAACAUGGUGGGCGCGAAGUUUGUGAUUUCACGUUAAUGUUAUGAGUAAAUCGCAUGCAGCUUCUUUCGUACACAUUAGAGGUCAAUAGUGUUCCAGCGGAUUCAUUUGGUUAAUUGCCACUUAAUUCAUGUUUGCUUGGUGUCAUCAAAGCAGCCAUGUUGGAGUACCAGUACGCUAAGAGCCUGCGCCCACGACGUCACGUGUAAGCUAUCAAUACAAACAGAGCUGCCACGCCCCGAGCUCUUGAAACUUCAGUCACGAGUUCGGGCCUCAGACUCGCGACUGUCAAGCCCUCGUGAAUGCCAAGCCCCGAACUCGCGACUGAUGUUCCACGAGCUCGGUGCUCGCCGUGUUCGGUGCAUGUCAACCCACACGCGACAAAGUUCACGUGUGUCCCCGUGUCACCCGGCGUACGGUGUGCAUUCGCGAGAUGUCAUAGCAAACUGGGGCUAAUUAGAGCUGUACACGAACUCGGCAACGACAAAGUCGUCAGGCUGACUGAAUCACUGAGCACGUUCUUCCUAGUUGAAGUAAGCUUUGUCUUGCGGAGCUGCUGUGGUGGAGCGCGCAAAACUACAAAGCGUUGGCUUCAAUGCGCAUCCUUCCAAGAGGCUUGCGUUGAUGCUCCUCGCUGUAGUUUCUACGGAGAGUCCUUUAAAAAAAAUGGCCGUAGUUGCGUCAGUGCAGACUAUUGCGAGGUGCGAUCGGUUGGCGAAAGUAGGUCGCCUGGUGCGCACGGACAGCACAUGGUAGUGCGGCCCGUCUCUCACUGCCAAGACCUGAAAGGUGUACCCUGAUGAUGACGAUGAUGAUGGCGCAUAUACUGUGACCUUUUUCAAAGCUCGACUGCCAGACAAUUUCGACUUCAAGCUUUCUUUUUCUAUCUCUGGUAUCCUCAAAAGGUUCCCAGAUCGGAAUAUCCCUUGGCUAACGUUUAUCUAUCUUAAUGUUCCGCUUACGAGAAACUGCGGCCAACCGUGUUUUCGGUUGCGUCAGUUCUUCUCGAAAGAAGAUUCUUUUUUUUCUUCAGGGCUAUCAUAGGCAACAUCUUGAUGUGAGCGAGCGUGUGAUAGGUUGUGAGUCGUCGCUGCAUAGGUGCGGAGUAUGUACCGCCAAUGUGUGUGGGUGUGUGUCGCGGCCUGCCCUUGUGUAACGUUAUCGCGUCUCGGCGAGUCCCUUCUUCAUAAGUGUCGGUUACGUGUGACUCGUGUUGAGAGGUGGGAUGAUUUAACCGUGCUUGCAAUUCUGUGCUUAUUUGGCAUUUCCCAGGGGAGUGGGAAAAAAGCAAAAAAAAAAAGGGGGUAGGGGGGUAUACAAUUUCUCGUUGGCUUCAAUAUCCUUUCGUCUCCUUCCACAACUGUAAUUAACGGAAUGCGAGGAAUAGUGAUGCCACAUUCUCACGUGUCAACGCCACUUUACUUCAGUAUAAGGUAACCAAUAUGAACGGUGCGAACGAACGAAAACAGAUAUAGGUUUAUGUGAUGACUGCAUCCACUGGCGCAUUGCUUCUUUCGCGCAAUGCAUUAGCAGCUUACGUGAGCACAAUUAUCUUUCUUGGCAGGGGGUGGUUGCCAGAGUCUGAAUGUUCAAGCCGUCUCAAUAGUACACAAAGAAGGCGUUAAUUGCGGCGUUGCGAUUGCAGAGAGAAACCGAUUUGAGCCAAAUGUGUUUGAUUUGGCUUUUCUUUUCUCAGAUAUGCUGUGUUAACGAAGUCAUUGCUCAAUUUCAUUCAUUCUCAGUUUUUUGUAAAACCAUGACCCUCGCAUCUUCUUUGACACGCAUCUUUUUCUACGCUGAGUAACCUUCGAUGUUCAUCGCUGCGUGCACCUGAUGUAUUCGUAACGAAUUGCGUUAUAAAACAUAUCGUUCCAUUACAGGGACAUCUGCAAUCAAAUGAACAUUUUUGUUCUUCUUUAUUAGAACUUUUCAAUUGGCCGAUACAGCUGGCCUCUCGUUCAAAACUACCUCAUCGUAUCUUUACAAAUAUCUAGACGCAUAAACAGCGAUGGCAUUGAAGGGUAUCAGUUCUAAACUUUACACAAAGUUCACCCAUUAAAUUAUUAUAGUUUUUUUCCUUUUUUUCGCGGCCGCAGCUGAAUCAUUUUCACAAAGCGACCAGUUGUGGGUCUCUGCUUUGCUUAAACUCGGACGCGUUCACUUUUGGCUGCUACGAGACGGCAUGUGUACGUUUUGCUUCUAGGGUCAGAGGAAAAGCUUCGACGCCUUCGAUAGGUAGCCUGUAGAGAGUGUCUGUCGAAUUCCGAAGCGAUCUUCUUUUUCGUUGAACGUUCAAACUAGGAAGGACAUGUUCUAAGACGAGUGUACGUGUACGCUCACACCACAGCGCGUACUAUAUAGAUAACUAUAACGCGGCAAUACAUUACGCUUUUCCACAUGAGCACUUACAUCGAAUCGCAUGAAUCCUUCGUUACAGCCAGCUACGUUCCUUACUCUGUUUAUAUUAAUGGUACGAAAUAAUUCCAUGCCAUUCUGCUGCUAACGAAGAAAGGUAAUUAAGAAAGAGACCGACAGAAACUGUCACAGACUAGACAUGUCUACGAACGUGGUAUGUGCACGUAUAUGAUUGAUACAAGAGCGUACCGGUAGGUUGAUAAGAGGCGCUUAUUUCGCUUGCGAUAUUUGUGCGCCAGUACACGUACGCAUUCGUCGAGACUGGAGUGUCGUGAGACCCAGCACAGGAGUACCGUGAAUAGAAACGCAAUACACAAAGUACAAUAUGAGUCGAGAUAUUUUGAGACGACACAGAUAAACGGCAUAAGCCUUAUGAAAUAAGUAAAACUAAGGGUACACGAUGACUUACUGCUCACGCAGCAGCGUCACAUCCGCCACGAUUCCGUGGACGCGCCAAAAACGUGUGCUUGCGUAAGAAACGUGUACGUGUUUAAUAGCUCCCAAAUUUCUAUUAAAUUUAUCGACCGACAUUCUGUUAACCCCUUCGUCCAUCUGAAACACGUGUUAGCCGUUGUUUUUUUGCCGAUUCUUCUAACUUGCGCCUAGUGGACGUGCUUUCUUGGAUUCACACGGUUUUUUUUCUAGCUGUCUCUUUUUCUACUGUCUUUGCAGGAGGAGAAAAAAAAAAAAAACCCGCGGAGAUCUGUAGUUCUAGUCAUUCAACAGUGUGUGCUUGCGUGCGUGCGCGUGUGUGUACGUGUUUCCUCCUUUUUCUUAUUUUUCUCCUCCAGUUCCUAAACAACCUCCGGGGAUGUGCGUCCAUCUGGUAACAUAGUUUAACCGAUCAAAGGAUAUAUAUGAAAAGGGAGACUUGGAGACGCGAACCAGGAAGAUGAACUCUUUGUCUGUAAAACUAUUUAUAACCUGUGUCGAACGAAUCUCCUUUCCACAGUUUUCUAUUUUUUUUUCUCUCACUUUUUCUUUAGUACGUUGAAGGGGGAAAAAAUGGAGUUUAGCUUGACGCGCUCGUGUUACCCUAAUCCGCUUCGCCGCAGUGACGAUGCGCAUCUGCUAACGUCAGUGCACGGUUGCGACAUCUCGCGAUGUUAUGUUCACCUGUAGUCGGAUACAACUUUAGAAGGCAGCGGCAUUUCCUCCUCAAAGGCGGAUGAACACAAGCCUGCACCAAUGGGCGCGCACUCGGGACUGACGUCAUGAGGGGGACGGCCGGUGGCUCCGCCUUCGGAGAACAUCGGCGCGUGCAUGGAAGGGACUAUUUCUUUAGUCGCGGAGGCGAUCGGCUGCCGCGCUUCGGUCGUCUGGGCGGGGCCUCUCCUGCCUUCUAAAGUGGUAUCCGACUGUAGAUAGUAUACCAGAAACCGCGGAAACACGAUCGUUCUGCCUUUGUUUACUUGGCCUAGCUAGACCUAGUUAAGCCGAGAUAGCACAACAAAGAGCCGCGUUAAGACUACGUUGCAGCCGAAAGUUUCGUUGUUCUAGCCGCUGGAAACGUGCGGUGGAGUGAUGCGAGACAGAUUUUGCGUCGUUGGCAUUGCACCCGAAGUAAACAAAAUGACGCACUGGUGAUAGCUGUUGUCCUGAGCCCUAUGGUUCAGGAACAGCUUCACCUAAACACGAAAGUGGGUUUUCUGAUUUAAUACCCGACAUGGCAAACAGUGCGGACGACAGAUAUAGGAAGUGUUCACUUGAGGCCAAUACUCCUUAACAGUGCUCAUGAAUUUUUUUUUAUGUAAUUCGUAGCCUCCGUAGCGCUUUUAGAUAUAAACAGAUCGAUGUGCAGCGAGGUUUUUGCUGUACUGGCUGUACAACAACAUGAGCAGCCUCGAUGACCUCACACAGAGUGCUGCGUACAGGCGCUGUUAUACCGCGAGAUGUCGCUAGUCGUGCUCUGCAUCCCCGCGUGGAGGUGAUGUAGGGUAACAGUAACACGCGCGCGUGACGCUGAAAUACUACGAUGACGUCAUCUGUCCAUCUUUAUCUCGCUGAUUCUGACAUUGAUAUUUUUUCACCGUCUGUUUCUCUCUCGUGGGUGGUGAGAGUGGAGCACACAGUGCCUCUCCACAAGUUUGAGUCUCGCUUUUUCUAUAACAUAACUGACUGUCAUUUCUCUGACGUUCUUCGUGCGAACUUGUUUUCUUCUUUUUUUUUCCUUCCCCCAGACUGAAUUGUGCGUGGACAUACAGGACCAUGCCUACAUGUCGGCCUUUUCUUUUCAUUUCUCUUGCUUCUAUUUUUCUUUGGAUAUAUUUACAAGACCUCGAAUAAAAUCUUGUAUACUGUGAA